AUGACUUCACAAGAAGCCCCUAUGGCUGACUGUGGGGGCAUAGCAAUCAGUGCCUUCUUCUGGUCUGUUGUAUUUUUCUCUGUGCUGCAGACCACAGAGGUUCGGGGGGACUGUUGGCUCAUUGAGGGGGAGAAGGGCUUCGUUUGGCUGGCAAUUUGCAGCCAAAACCAACCACCUUAUGAAGCUAUCCCUCAGCAUAUCAACAGCACCAUUGUGGACCUACGUUUGAAUGAAAACAAAAUCAAAAGCAUCCAUUAUUCUUCCCUCAGCCGCUUUGGAAACUUGACUUAUCUAAAUUUAACUAAAAAUGAGAUCAGUUACAUUGAGGAUGGGGCCUUUUCAGCCCAGUUCAAUCUGCAGGUUCUCCAGCUUGGCUUUAACCGCCUGAGGAACCUGACAGAAGGGAUUCUUCGAGGCUUAGGCAAGCUACAAUACCUCUACCUCCAAGCGAACCUGAUUGAAACAGUCACACCCAAUGCCUUCUGGGAAUGCCCCAACAUUGAAAACAUAGACCUUUCUAUGAACCGCAUUCAGCAGCUGGAUGGUUCAACUUUCUCCAGCCUGACUAAACUUACCACCUGCGAGCUCUACACCAACCCCUUCAACUGCUCCUGUGAGCUCCUGGGAUUUAUUAAGUGGCUCUCCACCUUCCCCAACAGAACAAAUGAGCGCAUGAUCUGUGACUCUCCUCCUGGCUUCUCCGGCUAUAGUCUUCUCAGUCAGAACCCAAACAUGCCGACAUUUCGCAAUGCCCUGCACAUGCUCUCAACUGUGUGUACAGAAGACUAUGUAACCCCAUUUAUUGCUUUACCUCCUGAAACAACUACACUUCCACUGGCCUUCACCCCCUGUGGUCUUGAGGACUGCUCCUCCGGCAAUGACCCAGAAGACCAGAAUAUCAAUAUCAGCCCAACAUACAUAGACCUUGAUGUGAAGCCCAUAAUAAAGCUGAAGCAUGUGUCUCAUACCAGUGCCACCAUAAUGGUUCAGAUCCCACAUCCAUUUAAGAAAAUGUACAUCCUGGUACUUUACAAUAACAGCUUUUUCACUGACAUUCAAAAUUUAAAAAACCAAAAGGAAGAAGUUGAGCUUAAAAAUCUUAAGCCUCACACAGACUACACCUACUGUGUGGCUUCCAUACGAAACUCUCUGAGGUUCAACCACACAUGUUUGACUAUCUCCACAGGCCCCAAAAAUGGAAAAGUAAAGGUUUCUAACAACUCCACAGCCACACACUAUAUCAUGACCAUUUUAGGUUGCCUCUUCAGCAUGGUCAUUGUUUUAGGAGUUGUCUAUUACUGUUUACGGAAAAAAAGACAACAAGAUGAAAAGCACAAAAAAGGGUGCAGCCUUAAGAAAAACAUUAUUGAGCUCAAGUAUGGGGGAGAACUAGAGGGAGGCUCUAUCUCCCGUAUGUCCCAGAAACAAAUGAUGGCUGGAGAGAACAUGUCUAGGAUACCAUACUUACCACCUGGUAGUGAAAUAGAGCAGUACAAAAUUCAGGAUAUACCCGAAACCCCUAAAAUGGCCAAGGGAAGUUACAUAGAGGUGCGUACAGGGGAGCCACUUGAUCGCAGAGAAUGUGAUCCCUCCAUGGCUGGAAACAGCCAAGGCUCUGUGGCAGAGAUCUCAACCAUCGCCAAAGAAGUAGACAAAGUGAACCAGAUAAUCAACAAUUGUAUAGAUGCCCUGAAGUCUGAGAGCACUUCAUUCCAGGGAAUGAAGUCCGGGGCAGUGUCCACUGCUGAGCCCCAGCUGGUACUCAUUUCAGAGCAGCCACAGGGUGCAUCUGGCUUUCUCUCCCCAGUUUAUAAGGGCAGCUACCACCACUCACUGCAGCGACGCCAGACCCCUGAAGCCUCUCCAAAACGCCCAAGCACAUCUGCUGGAAUGCGAAGCCCGAGGUCAUACCUUGCAGAGAGUGCCUACAAAUCUGAGGCUAAGUACAUUGAAAAGGCCUCUCCUACAGGUGAAACUAUUCUAACUGUCACACCUGCAGCAGCCAUUUUAAGAGCAGAGGCAGAGAAGAUUCGGCAGUACAGCGAGCAUCGACACUCUUACCCUGACCAGGGGGAGCAGGCGGAAGGACCUUGCAACCGAAAGUCAUCUAUCUUGGAGCCUCUCACAAGGCCUCGCCCCAGGGACCUAGCCUAUUCCCAGCUCUCUCCACAAUACCACAACCUCAGUUACUCUUCCAGCCCUGAGUAUUACUGCAAGCCCACACAUACAAUUUGGGAGCGCUUCAAACUGCACCGCAAACGCCACAGAGAGGAGGAGUACAUGGCAGCUGGACAUGCUUUACGCAAAAAAGUGCAAUUCGCAAAGGAUGAGGACCUGCAUGACAUUUUGGACUACUGGAAAGGGGUUUCAGCCCAGCAGAAAAUUUGA